GAGAAUGGAUGAGAAUUUGUUGUUGAAGGAAAGAGAAAGUUUACCAGAGAGAUGGAGGGAGAUAGCGGGAGAGAUGAAGAAGUUGGGUUAUUUAGCAGGUCCGAUGGUGGCCGUAACUCUAUCGCACUAUUUGCUGCAAGUAAUAUCACUUAUGAUGGUUGGUCAUUUAGGUGAACUCUCUCUCUCCAGCACCGCCAUUGCCAUUUCUCUUGCUGGCGUCUCUGGUUUCAGCCUCCUUUUAGGUAUGGCCAGCGCGCUGGAGACAAUAAGCGGGCAAGCGUUCGGCGCUGAACAGUAUGAAAAGAUCGGAACACAAACAUACACCGCUAUAUUCUCUCUCGUGAUCGUAUGUAUUCCUCUCUCUAUCUUGUGGAUAUACAUGGGAAACGUACUCGAAUUCGUCGGCCAAGACCCUCAAAUUUCACAAGAAGCUGGAAAAUUCACAAUGUGGCUCGUUCCUGCUCUGUUUGCUUACGCGACUCUUCAACCGCUGAUUAGGUAUUAUCAGAUCCAAAGCUUGAUUCUUCCCAUGCUGAUAAGCUCGUGCUUCACUCUAUGUUUCCACGUGCCCGUUUGUUGGGCCCUCGUUUUUAAGUCCGGAUUGCACAAUCUUGGAGGUGCAGUUGCUAUUGGCCUCUCGAUGUGGCUAAAUGUGACUAUAUUGACCUUAUACAUGAUUUUUUCACCUUCCUGCGCAAAAACCCGCGCCCCGUUUUCGAUGAAGAUAUUCCAAGGAAUAACAGAGUUUUUCCGCUUUGCUGUUCCUUCUGCUGUGAUGAUUUGUCUUGAGUGGUGGUCGUUCGAGCUACUUAUCUUACUGUCAGGGAUUUUACCGAACCCGCAGCUUGAAACCUCGGUGCUGUCUGUGUGCCUAAACACCAUUUCUACGCUUUAUGCAAUACCAUUUGGACUCGGUGCUGCAGCAAGCACGAGAAUUUCGAAUCAGUUGGGAGCUGGAAAACCGGAGGGGGCUCGUUUAUCACUUAUUGCUCUAAUGCUUCUUGCAGCAAUAGACGCAAUAGUUAUAAGCGCGAGCGUGUUUGCUAGCAGAAACGUAUUUGGGUACAUUUUCAGCAACGAGAAGGAAGUUGUGGACUAUGUUACGAUUAUGGCUCCCCUCGUUUGUCUAUCGAUUAUAAUCGACAGUAUCCAAGGGGUCCUUUCAGGUGUUGCGAGGGGUUGUGGGUGGCAGCACAUUGGGGCGUACGUGAAUCUUGGGGCGUUUUAUCUAUUCGGAAUCCCGAUUGCAGCUUCGUUGGGUUUUUGGCUGAAUUUAAGAGGAAAAGGUCUAUGGAUCGGAAUAUUGUGCGGUGCAACGUUGCAGAUGAUUAUGCUUUCGAUUAUAACAAGCUGCACAAACUGGGAGAAACAGGCAUCUAAGGCAAGGGAGAGGUUGUUUGUGGAGGAUGAUGCUUCGUUUCGAGAUACUUGAAGAGGCUGUUUUUCAAGGGGGGGUCGGAGUUUUUUAUUCGUAGCUAAUGCUUCAUUUGGGCGUAUUAUACGAUGCAGCAGCACAACGAGAAUGGACAACGAGGUUGGACUAACUUGACACUAUGAUACAAUAAUAGUGUCUUCUCUUCAAAUCUGACUAUACUUUUAAUGUUUCAGUGUGCAAGUAUUAGUUGCAGGUAGAACCAUUAAUUUUGGAUUGUGGUCGAGAAAUCUAGAAUGCAACUUAAGGUUUUACGUAGCGAUGCCAGUCGGACCUGAAUUCUGGAGUUUCGUC